GAGAGAAGACAGCAGCCUAGGAAGGGAGCACUUGAAUCACCAUGGCUUGUGGACAGACACUACUACAAAGCUGCUUUGUCCUGGGGAUCAUACUGCUCAGCUCUGCAGGAACAGCUUUCUGCCAGGAAGUACAAGCCGAGAAUGUCACGGUAGUAGAGGGAGGCACUGCAGAGAUUACUUGCAAGUUACACCAGUAUGACGGCUCCAUCGUGGUGAUCCAGAAUCCCUCCAGGCAAACCCUCUUCUUCAAUGGCACACGUGCUUUGAGAGAUGAGCGGUUUCAGCUUGUGGAUUUCACGCCAAAAUUGGUCAAGAUCCAUUUGUCCAAUGCCAAGUUGGAGGAUGAAGGUGGCUAUUUCUGCCAGCUGUAUACGGAGGACACGCACCACCAGAUUGCCACUCUCACUGUGCUCGUUCCCCCAGAAAACCCAGUAGUAGAAGUCAAAGAGCAAGCAGUGGAAGGAGGCCAGGUGGAGCUUAUCUGCUCAGCUCCUCGAACAAAGCCGGAAGCCACACUACGCUGGUAUAGAGACCGCAGGGAGCUCAAAGGUGUCACCAGCAAACAGGAGAACAUAAAGACUUUCAGCAUCACAAACACGAUCCAGUUCCCUGUGGAGAGACGGGACAAUGGUGAGAUCAUCACCUGCGAGGCAUCGCAUGCAGCUCUUAAAGGGCAGAAAAAGCAGACGCAGUAUGUCCUGGAUGUGCAAUUUUCCCCGACAGCCCGAAUUCAAGCCUCCCAAAGUCUGGUGAGAGAAGGAGACAUGCUCACCCUGAAGUGUGAAGUCACUGGAAAUCCCAGGCCAAAUGAGAUCUUUUGGAGUCGCCUCAAUGACUCCUUACCGGAACGAUCGCAGGUCCAGGGCGACCUCCUGUCCAUUCCUUCACUUAGUCUGCAGGAUAACGGAACAUACAGCUGUCAGGUCUCCAACAAACAUGGCCGCUCCUCUGACCAGUAUGUGUUGGUGGUGUAUGACCCUGGAGCGAUCAUUGAGGCUCAGACUCAAGUUCCCUAUGCUAUAAUAGGUGGGAUAUUGGCACUUUUGGUCUUCCUCGUCAUCUGUGUCCUGAUUGUCAUGGUCUGGUGCUCCGUCCGACAGAAAGGCUCAUACCUGACUCACGAAGCAAGCGGAUUGGAUGAACAUGGCGAAGCCCGAGAAGCAUUUCUGAAUGGAGGCGAGAACCACAAGCGAAAGGAGGAGUUUUUUAUUUAAAAGGGGAAAAAAAAGACACAGAAGAAACAAAUCCCAACACAGUAUUAAUAACCUGAUUUUUUUAAUUUAAUCUUUCCUUUGGAGGGUGGGCAAUGGGGAAGCAGAGAAAGUGUGGGGGGUAGGUAACCAUAGAAGAUGGGUAGAAGAGAAGUCGGACUCAGCCUCUGCGUUGUAAGAGGAUCAGCAUUGUCACUUUUUGCUGUGCCCCCUACAGCUUAAGAGGGUCAAUAACCUGGUGUAGAGACUGCUGAACUAAACGUGAUGUAUGCAAGACUUAAGUGAACGUUGACUGUGGCCGCGCAUAGGAUCUCUGGGGCAGUUGUAUUUGUGAGAACGAAGCGACUGGUGUCUAAAUAUAGUUUUCAGAAACUGUACAUCUAAAACUGGUUCAGAGAGAUUGCGUUAUGUG